AACAAAGUAUUACAUGACUCAACAAUCUCCAACCUAAGAAAACGAGCAUGACAACCCCACCUUACUCCUAAUCUCAUCCUAAAAGCCUCAUGCACACUAACUCAAGAUUCAAGCAUUUUUGUCCUAUAAAAUCGAUGCCUUAAUUAAUUCUUUCAUUCACAUAAACUAUCAACAAUGGGUAAAAACGCACAGGAUUUGGCAAAAGAUUAUGAUGAAGAAAUCAUUUUUCGAAGUCGUUACCCGUCUGUCCCCAUUCCCGACCUCUUGUUGCCGGACUUCGUGCUCAAAGAUGCAGAAUCCUACGCCGAAAACGUGGCAUUCAUUGACGCCGCCACAAAGAAAUCCUACACUUAUGGUGAAGUUGCUAGAGAUGUCAGAAGGUCUUCUAAAGCGCUGAGGUCCCUUGGCAUGCGGACCGGUCACGUCAUCGUCGUUGUCCUCCCUAACGUGGUGGAGUACGGUAUCGUGGCCCUCGGCAUAAUGGGUGGCGGUGGUGUUUUUUCCGGCGCUAAUCCUUCAAGCCAUUCGUCUGAGAUCAAGAAACAAGUAGAGUUAGCAGGAGCCACACUAAUUAUCACUGAUGACAAGACUUAUAACAAGGUGAGCGAAUUAGGGUUACCGGUGGUAAUUGUCGGAGAAGAACGGGUGCCAGGGACCAUUUUAUGGGACGAAUUGCUGGAAGCAGGAGAGCGAGCCAGCAACAGUAUGAUUGAAAGCGUUGUGACUCAGGACGAUCUUUGUGCCCUUCCUUUCUCCUCGGGGACCACCGGACUUUCAAAAGGCGUCAUGCUAACUCACCGGAAUAUCGUCGCGAACCUUUGCUCGACUCUUUUUAGCGUCGGCCCUGACCUCAUCGGAAAAGUGACAAUACUAGGGUUAAUUCCGUACUUUCACAUCUACGGACUAACAGGAAUCUUGUGCGCGACGCUUAAAAACAAAGGGAAGGUGGUGGUGAUGGGAAGAUACGAUCUGUCAACUGUUUUGAAAGCACUGAUCGAACAUGAAGUAACUUUCGCACCAAUUGUUCCACCGAUACUUUUAGGGUUAGUUAAGCAUCCCAUCGCUGAAGAUAUCGCGAAGCUCCAACUGAGAUCUGUCAUGUCCGCCGCAGCGCCUCUUGCCCCGGAGAUUUACGAGGAAUUCCAAAGGAGAUUCCCUCAAGUAGUGGUUCAAGAAGCUUAUGGGAUGACGGAGCAUAGUUGCAUAACACUAACCCACGGUGACCCAAGAAAGGGUCACCACACAGCCAAGAAACGAUCGGUGGGUUACAUUCUACCAAAUUUAGAAGUGAAGUUUAUUGAUCCUGAUACAGGUCGUUCACUACCUACUGAUACACCGGGUGAAAUUUGUGUUCGAAGUCAAUGUGUCAUGAAAGGUUACUACAAGAAUGAAGCUGAGACAGCUCAAACUAUCGACGAACAAGGGUGGCUUCACACCGGCGAUAUUGGGUACAUCGAUAAAGAAGGUGAUGUCUUUAUUGUUGAUCGUAUGAAGGAGUUAAUAAAGUACAAAGGAUUUCAAGUUGCACCAGCUGAAUUAGAGGGAAUACUUUUAGGCCACCCUUCCGUUGUAGAUGCCGCUGUAGUGGGGUUGCCAGAUGAAGAGGCAGGCGAGAUACCAGGGGCAAAUGUGGUAAUGAGCAAAGAUGCAAAAGAGAGCGAAGAAGAUAUGAUGAACUAUGUUGCGAACAAUGUAGCACAUUACAAGAAAGUGAGAGUGCUUCAUUUUGUAGAUACAAUACCCAAAUCACCCUCCGGCAAAAUCAUGAGGAGGCUCAUUAAAGAGAAAAUGCUGGAGAGCAUCGCCAAAUCUGCUACAAAUUAAACAAAGUCGGAAGUACAACCUCCAAAUUGAUGAUUUUCUUUCAUGUGUCACUUGUUAAAUUUACCUUUUUACCCUUUCUAUAACUAGCAUAAAAAAUGUAUUAGGGUUCAAUAAAAUUUAUGUACGUGCAUCUUUUCUUAUAAAGUACGU